AUGUCUACUGAAGCUUCCGUCUCUUACGCUGCUUUAAUCUUAGCAGAUGCUGAAAUUGAAAUUUCUUCUGAAAAAAUCUUAGCUGUCACCAAAGCUGCUGGUGCCUCUGUUGAAAAUGUUUGGGCCGAUGUCUACGCUAAAGCUUUAGAAGGUAAAGAUUUGAAAGAAUUAUUAUUCUCAUUUGCCGCUGCUGCCCCAGCCGCUGGUUCUGCCCCAGCUGCUGCUGCUGCCGGUGAUGCUCCAGCUGCUGAAGAAAAACAAGAAGAAGCUGCUGAAGAAUCUGAUGAUGAUAUGGGAUUCGGUUUAUUCGAUUAA